CACUCCCUGUAGUUGGGACUUAUCAAACAUCACAGUGUCAAUAUCAGAAAAGAUCAAUAAAAUAUUUUUAUUGAGCUAUCAUUGCCAUAUAAAUACCAUUCGUUUGUGAGGACAGACGGAACUCAGUAUUAAGCCGCGUACGAGAGCAGAAAUUGAACGAAGUUAAAAACAUGAACUUGUGUUGCGUUGCAUUUGGUGUUUUGAUAACCGUGGUGUUAGCGAACCCAGAUCCAAAAUGUUCGAUUUCUCUUACAACUGCUAGUGGCACGAGAGUGAAACCCGGACCUUACUGUUCGUGGGACCUUAUUUUUGAAGACAAUUUUAAUUUUCUUGAUUUUGAAACAUGGGAACAUGAAAACACGCUUAGUGGAGGAGGUAACUGGGAGUUCCAAUGGUAUCAGAACAACCGUUCCAACUCUUACUGUGAAAAUGGUAUCUUUUACAUCCGCCCGACUCUCCUAGCCGACGACACCGGUGAGGCGUUCUUGAGCAGCGGUACCUUGAACAUCCAUGGUGGGGAGCCAGCCGAUCGGUGUACAAAUCCUGCUAACUUUGGAUGUGAGCGUACCGGCACUCCGACGAAUCUGAUCAACCCGAUCAAGAGUGCACGUGUUCGCACGGUGGAAUCUUUCAACUUCAAGUACGGAACGAUGGAGGUUCGUGCCCGAAUACCCACUGGAGAUUGGCUUUGGCCUGCUGUUUGGUUGUUACCGAAGCGACAGGUGUAUGGAACGUGGCCCGCAUCGGGGGAGAUCGAUCUGUUGGAGUCGCGCGGUAACGAAGACUAUCGUGGAUCGAAUGGAGUUCAUAUCGGUACUGAGCAGUUCGGAUCUACACUUCACUUCGGACCGACUCCCAGUCUGAAUGGAUGGGAAACGACGGUUGCAUACAAAAAUUCUCCAGCAGGACAGGGAUGGAAUACGGGAUUCCACAACUAUCAGCUCACCUGGACACCCGAUUACAUCCGUUUUUCGGUUGACAACCAGGUCGUCAGACAGAUUGAUGCCGGUACUGGAUUUUGGAACCGAGGAAACUUUGGUAACAUUGCACCAGGAACUGAGAAUCCAUGGAUGCAUGCAACGCGUAUGGCUCCGUUCGAUCAGGAGUUCUACAUAAUCCUGAACUUGGCAGUUGGUGGAACGAACGGAUUCUUCCCUGAUGUUCCACCGGCGACCAACGGCAAUCGGGGUAAGCCGUGGACAAACAUCUCGCCGACUGCUGCCCGUGACUUCUGGAAUGGACGUAACUCUUGGCUUCCGACGUGGCGCAUGACUAACAACCGGGGCAAUGAUACUUCAUUCCAAAUCGAUCACGUGCGUGUUUGGGCUCUUUAAUAUAUGCGAAUAAAUGUUAAAACAGUAAAA